AUGUCGCGCGAUCCAUAUCACGACUUUGCAUCCGACCUCAAGUCUUCGCUCUCCUCGGCACGCUCCCUCUCGGAAUCCUAUCGUCAGCUCAUCGCACGUACAACAUCACAAUCACAAGCAUCGUCGUCCUCGAACAGUCAAGCUGAGGUCGAGUCAGCGCAUGAUCGUCUCUCCGAUGCCAUCGAAGGAUUGCGGCAGGAUGUCGAGGAUGUCAAGCAGAGCGUGCUCGUCGUCGAACGCAGCGGUCCAGAGCGUUUUGGGGUAACACCAGAGGAGCUCAACAACAGAAAAGCGUUCGUAGCAGAAUGUGAGGCAGAAGUCAAGGCACUAUCAAAAGUCGCGCAAGCGUCUCCGCCAGGCGGCAGAAAUGGCGGAGGAUUCAGCGCAGUCCAAAUGGACGAUGAGGACGAGGAUGCCACGGAAGCAUUCGAGCGCGAGCAACAGCAGAUCCUCAUGUCACGCCAAGACACGACACUAGACAAGAUCGGUUCCACGCUCAGCUCGCUGCGCAAUCAAGCCGGCAUGAUGGGCCAAGAGAUCGGCGAGCAGAUCGAGAUCAUCGAUGCAUUCGACACAGAGGUAGAAUCGAGUCAAGGGAGACUCAGCAAGGCCAUGACCAAGAUGGACGAGGUGAUACGCAUCAGUGACGAGAGGUUGGGUGGUUGGUGUGUAUGGAUCCUGAUUGUGGUCCUGUUUCUCUUGCUCUUGGUUGUCUUCCUAAUAUGA